CUUCAAAGAUCACACAGCCACCGAGCCGCCCUUAGCAAGGCAACAAUCACCUCCUUCUUUCUUUCAUAAUCUGGAUCCUCGACUGUUGAAAAGGCACGGGAAUCCACUUUGAGAGGAAGUGCAACGCAGAGAAGCAUCCCGUAAGAACACGUCCAAACCAUACAAAAUGGCGACUGACACCAAUGGUGCCACCACCGGCAAGAACGUUGUGGAGUAUGACGUCUUGAUUGUUGGCGGGGGCUUUUCAGGGGUCUCGGCAGCCUAUCACUUGCAGAGCACUUGCCCUGGUAUCAAGUUCCGCAUUCUCGAAUCCCGAAAGAAUAUGGGCGGAACCUGGGAUUUGUUCGACUAUCCCGGACUUCGCAGCGAUUCCGACAUGUACACCUUUGGCUUCUCAUUUCGGCCUUGGGCGAGUCAGAGUCAAUCCAUUAUCGGAACCAAGCAAACCAUUCUGGACUAUCUCCACACAGUUGUCAAAGAAUUUGACCUGCAAAAGCACGUCCAGUUUCAGUGCCAAGUACAAAACGCCGAUUGGGACUCCCAACAAGGCAAUUGGACCUUGACCACAUUGCAAAAACAGAACAAUGAUGAUUCAACGACUACCGUCACUUAUCGAGCACGCUAUUUGUUUUCUUGUACGGGCUAUUAUGACUAUGAAGAAGGACACACUCCUGAGUUUCCCAACCGAGAUGCCUUUCAGGGUCCUAUCAUUCAUCCCCAACAUUGGCCCAAAGACUUGGACUACAAAGAUAAGAAGAUUGUUGUCAUUGGCAGUGGAGCCACGGCGGUCACAUUGAUCCCCUCGUUGACCGAGGGGGCCAAUGCGGCCUCACAUGUCACCAUGUUGCAACGAUCUCCGACUUACAUGGCCAACCGACCCUCGCGCAUGACCAUCGUCCCACGAUCCCUGCUCUAUUGGUUUGGACAAGACGCCGCACGCUGGUUUUACAUUUUGUUGGGCAUGUUCAUGUACUACAUUUGCCAGGCAUUUCCACGUGCCUUGUCUGAGUUCUUUAUUGAUGGUGUCGAACAUCAAAUUGGAUCCGACAAAUUCAAGGAAGAUGAUUGGACGCCGCGGUACAAGCCAUGGGAUCAACGCCUCUGUGCAUGCCCCGAUGGUGAUUUCUUCAAAACCAUCAAGUCGGGCAAGGCCAGUGUUGUGACGGAUCACAUUGUUGAAUUCACUGAGAAGGGUGUUCAGACAGAAAAGAACAAUGUCUUGCCCGCGGACAUUAUCAUUACGGCUACCGGAUUGCAGAUUCGUUUCUUUGGAGGCAUAAAAAUUACCCUGGAUCAAAUGCCAUUGGACAUGCCAUCAAGAUUCAUCUACAAGGGAUUCAUGAUGAAUGAAGUCCCCAACUUUUUCGUGGCUGGCGGCUACACCAAUGCCAGUUGGACACUCAAGAUUGAUCUGACCAUGAAAGCCGCAUCGGAUCUGAUCAAGAUCAUGGAGACCAAGUUGUAUCGGUACUGUCAACCCGAAUUGCCCAAGCCAGGAAAUGAAAUGGAGGCCGUUCCUUCCAUCGAUUUGACAUCGGGAUAUAUUCAACGAUCGAAAAAUCUCAUACCCAGGCAAUCCACAUUGUAUCCUUGGAGGCUUUACCAGAACUACUUGUACGACAGGUACUCGCUCCAAUUCAAGAGUCUAGAGGAUGACACGCUCAAAUUUUACAAGUAGGUCAAAGAAAGCGCAGAAGAGUAGAGAUGAUAAUGUAAGAGAAGAUUUAUCGAACAAGUUUG